AUGAGCGUCACCCGAAGACCCUCAAGCAUUCACCAAACCCAACAUACGCUAUCAAACAGGGCGCGAGAGAGGGGAAAGAAAAAUAGAGAGAGAGACACGGAAUAUGACGGCAAUGAAAACCAAAAACAAAAUGUAAAAGUUCACCAACCUAUAUUAUUGUCAGAUUUCAGAACAGACCACGUCUCGAAGCAAUCCAGACGGGUCGGCACCAGGAUUCAGGCAGAAGGCCCUGUCGAGGUUUCCAAGGUCCGAUUUAGCAUGGCGGAUGGAGCCGUCGUCUUUCCGCGGGACCCUUGCAAGGUCACCGGGGAAACUUGCUGGCGCUUGGGCAGCCGAACACUCGAGUCUUGGAAAAAAGCAAAAUAA